UGUGGACAGGCACACAGGGCUACAUGCAGAGAGGUCCAACUAGCCACAAAAUGGUCCAUGAAAAAGAGUGAUGGGCUCUCUCGAACUCAGGAUUUGAUGCCUGAUGUGGGGUGUGACUCCUGAACAGUCCCUGGUCUGGAAAGGACCACAGAAAGCCCUUGAAAUGGCCAUGGAAAGCCAGCAUCGGGUGGUGCCGUGGGUUGGCGCUUGGCUUUUGCUGCUCUGUUGCCGGUCUGCCUUGCUGCUCAGCCCCUCCGCAACGUUUUGGCCAACCCAAUUGAAUCAAUGGACGGGCACCACGGCUGAAUUCACCUGCAAUAUCUCCAACGCAGCGAUUUCAGAGGAUUCUGUGAUUUGGUACAAAUUUGAUGCCAGCAAGCAGCCGGUUAAACUGGAUCCUAGCAACAAGAACAAGUACAACAUCACUCGCCUGGGCCCACAGACGUUUCGUAUGAGGAUCCUGAACCUAGAAAGAAAUGACAGCGGGCUGUACUACUGCACACGUGUCGCUAUCCUCACGAGCCACGCCUUAACGGAAAGCAACCAUGGCAACCUCACUGUCACAGAAAUUGUGCCGACGUCUGGAUCACCAGAAGAUGAGUACAAGAGGGAUGAUGAUGAUGAUGGAAAAGAGAAAGAAAAUGCUGAUCACCAAAUCUCUUUGACUGCCAUUGGAGUAUUGGGGCUGGUCUUGGUCUUGGUGCUGGCAUCUUUAUGUUUCUUCCUUAUUAAAGUCAUCCGGAGAAGGCAAGAGAGAGGAAAACCCCAUGAUGAAAACGCUCCGUUGGAAGCAGAGCCUCCUGCUGUGGCUGUCUUCACCGUGGAUUAUGGGGUGCUGGAAUUCCAGCCUGGGAAGAAUUUUCCUCCUCCGUCUCCGAAGCCGCAACCUUUGGACCAAACGGAAUACGCCACCAUCAUCUUUCCGACGGAGAAGCCGGAACCCAUGAAAAACACCAAGAGGACUAAAAAGCAACUUCACAUGCUCACAAUGCUCCCGUCAGUGGUCGUCUCACCGAGUUGUCAUCCUAUUCCACCUGCAUUAUAAGCCAUACACGAGGCAAGGAAGGGUCCAAAUGAGGUUCUUCCGACAACGGUGCAUUGUGUGCCAUUCCAACAAGUAUGAAGGGCCAGAA